GGUGACGCAGAACGGCCCGUCCCCGGGUGGCGUGCGGGAGACGAUGGGCUCCGUUCGUGACCGAGUGCGGGAGGUAUCCUUCAAGCGCGACAAUCGCCCUCCUUACCGCACACCACCAUGGCAGUAGUGGACAGCAAAGAGCGCGCCGACGAGCACGACGAUGCCCCUACAACGGAGGAUGUCCCUGAGAACCCUACCGUGGCAAGGGCUGUGGUCCUGGUAGCGGUGUGCACGACGGCGAUGAUUGUGAAUGUCUCGAAUACGACGUCUGUAGCCAUCGCACUACCCACAAUAGGCGAGGAGCUCGGGAUCCAGCAGGACCAGCUUCAAUGGCUCACGAACGCGUACUCGCUUAGCUCAGGUUGCCUCUUGCUCAUGUUCGGGCGCAUAGCCGACUUGUACGGGAGGAAGAAGACUUUCAUCGCUGGCCUAGCCUGGCUCUUCGCCUUCGGGCUCGCCUGCGGGCUCGUACACAAUGCCCUCACGCUCCAGAUCCUGCGCGGCUUUCAAGGCGUCGGAGGUGCUGCAAUCAUCCCCGCUGCCCUGGGCAUCCUCGCACAUUCCUUCCCCCCAUCUCGCAUGCGAUCCAUCGCCUUUGCGACAUUCGGCGCCGGCGCGCCAGUCGGAGGCGCGAUAGGAACGCUCCUUGGCGGCGCGCUAACGCAGUACACCAAGACGACAUGGCGCUCUAGCUUCUACCUCAGCGCCGCGCUGUCGGCUGCCGCGUCGGCGGGCGGGAUGUAUGUCAUCGACGCGGACCCGCCGUCGAAGGAGAAGGAUCGCAGGGUCGACUGGCUGGGGUCCUUCCUGGUCACGGCGGGCUUGACGCUCAUCAUCUUUGUGCUCGCGCAGGGCGAAAUUGCGAAGCCGAAGCAGUGGGCUUCGCCUUACAUCAUCGUCCUCUUAAUCCUUGGGGUCAUCCUUAUGGGGUUUUUCUUCGCCUGGCAAUGGUACCUCGAACGCGCGCACGACAAUCCACAAACCCCGUAUUCAGUCUGGACGCCCCCGCCCAUCAUGCGUCUUUCGCUCUGGACACGAGCGCGCGGCCGCUACGCCGUGCAAAUGGCCAUCGCAUUUCUCAACUGGUGUUGCUUCCUCAGUUGGGUGUUUUGGGCGCAGCUCUUCUACCAAGAAUACCAAGGCUAUAAGCCAUUCGUGGCCGCCAUCCGGUUCAUUCCCAUGACCAUCACGGGCAUCCUCUGCAACGUCUUCGUCGCCUUCUUCGUCUCGCGCGUUGGCAUCGUGUGGCUCAUGACCUUUGGCACGCUCAUCACCUCGACCGCGCCCCUCCUCUUUGCGAAUAUCGACCCCGCGUCGCCGUACUGGGCCUUCGGCUUCCCGGCGUCCAUAUGCUGCGUCUUCGGCGCGGACUUUGUGUUCUCUGGCGGGACGCUGUUCGUCGCGAAGCUGAGCCAGGGGCACGAGCAGAGCGUGAGCGGGGCGCUUUUCCAGACGAUGAUACAGCUCGGCACCUCCAUGGGCAUCGCCGUCUCCACCGUUGUUUACGACCGCGUCCUCGCCUCGCGCGCCGCGGCAAUGGGCACCACGCUCAACGCGGAGCACUCGAAUGCGCCGCGGCCCGCGCAGCUGGACGCGUAUCACGCGGCGCAGUGGACCGCGUUCGCGUUUGGGGCGUUGGCGGCCGUGUUGGCGCUGGUGUUUCUGCGCGGGGUGGGCGUGGUUGGGCAUAAGAAGGCGAAGGCGGGGCAUGAGGGGGCGGAGGCAGGAGCGGGGAUGGAAGGGACUGGACGAGCGGGGGAUGUGGGUGGCGUCAGCGCGUCGUCGAGCGGGGAGACAGUUGGCGGGCCUCUCGAUGUCACGGAGGAAAAGAAGGACGGGGCGGCUGUUGAGGAGAAGGAUGUGAUGGCUGUCAACGAGAAGGGCGUGCGUGCUUCUGCUGAGAGGAGAGAAGCAAGUGAUAGAGCAGAGGAAGGGUGAUUGACGGAGAAUGGUACUUGUGAGCCCGGUCUUGUUCUCAUGAUAUCCGUUUGUUUCCUUACUCUAUAAAAUGUUCAUUGACCGAGUUGAUCAGCCUUGUUCGUGUCUUCGUCAGGGUACUAUUGCAUCAGUGUGGGGUCGUGCUCCCGGUGGUGGUAAGGUGGACCACACACUUAUAUGCGU